GUAGAUGAUGAGGUCAACUUUUCCCCCAGAUCCGCCAUUUCAGUCCCGGAGUUUCUUGUUGCACCUUAGUUUUGAUUUUUUUAGUUUUAAUUUGUUAUUUUUAAACACCCACACGUUGGAGCGUUGGUGUCUGUUGUGAAACGGGAGUCCCGUCGACCUAAAAGCGUUGCCAAUGACUCGUAGAAGUUGCUAGGGCAACGGUAGUCAACCAAAAGUUUUUUGUAUGAGUCGCGGAUAAGGGAGAGGCUGCAGGGGGGGAAAGGCCUCAAGCCUCGGACUGGAUUUCGCAGCCAUGGCGGGUAAUUUCGAUGCCGAAGACCGCGGGAGCUGGUACUGGGGACGGCUGAGUCGCCAGGAGACCGUUUCCCUUCUCCAGGGUCAGAGGCACGGCGUUUUCCUGGUGAGGGACUCGACGACCAGUCCUGGAGACUACGUGCUGUCCGUGUCAGAGAACUCCAAAGUGUCCCAUUACAUAAUCAACAGCAUCAGCAACAACCGGCAGUCCGGUUCAGGUUUGGUUCCCCCUCGGUUUCGGAUCGGGGAUCAGGAGUUUGAGGCGCUGCCGUCCCUGCUUGAGUUUUAUAAGAUCCACUACCUGGACACCACCACACUAAUAGAGCCCAUAAACAAGUCCAAGCACACAGGGUUCAUCAGCUCCUGUGCUGGCAUCCCACAGCAGACCGAGGAGGCUGAGUUUGUACGGGCGCUCUUUGACUUCCCCGGCACUGACGAGGAGGACCUCCCCUUCCGCAGGGGGGACAUCCUGCGCGUCCUGGAGAAGCCCGAGGACCAGUGGUGGAACGCUGCUAACCAGGAGGGCCGAGCAGGGAUGAUCCCCGUCCCCUACGUGGAGAAAUACCGGCCUUCCUCGCCCACUGCUGCUGGCGGAGGUCCCCCUGUUGCGGGGACUGGACAAGGGGCGCCUGUUGGAGGGGUAGUGGGCAGCCCAGAUGGAACAGGGGCCCCAUCAGCAAACCCACUGGGGGACCCGGGCCAGUACGCUCAGCCUGUGGUCAACGCUCAGCUCCCUAACCUACAGAACGGACCUGUCUACGCCCGGGCCAUUCAGAAGAGGGUGCCCAACGCCUACGACAAGACGGCGCUCUCUCUGGAGGUUGGAGACAUGGUUAAAGUGACCAAGAUCAACGUGAACGGCCAGUGGGAGGGUGAGUGCAAGGGCAAAAGAGGCCACUUUCCCUUCACUCACGUCCGACUGUUGGAACAGCAGCAUCCUGACGACGAGAGCUGAGGAACACACCUGGCCUCGAGCAGGUCCCCCUUUCCUCUUUUGGUCAUUUUGUCAAGCUCGGAGAGGAAAAGGUUGAAACAAGCACACCGUGUAUAUGGACCUAUGAAUCAGUCAGAAGCUCCUGACUGCUGAUGCAAAGACAUGUUGGAUGAUGUUAUUUGAAGAGUUUACACUAAGGUCAGACUGAUAUCGGUUUGCCUCUAUUAGCUCUCUCCUAAAAAUUAGUCUGUUUGUGAUGAAUUCAACUCGUGCUAAAUCCACUGCUGACCACCAGCAGCUGUUAAGGUGGUCUCCUGAGCGGUCUUUAUACGUGGUAAAUGUAUGCAAAGUUGUUUGUUAACAUUGGUAACACACACCGUCUGUUAAAGCCUUUGUGUCUAAUGUCUAACUGAUGGGCAUCGUUUAAAUUAAACCAGUCUCAUUUUAAUCUCAAUUAA